CUCGGACCACAGAGCACCUACCGGUGUCUGCCUCUUUGUGUUUGGAAGGGCUGUCACGCACAGACACAUGCUUUUAGUCGGAGACGGACUUCCACGACCGCUGCACUCAGCACUGACUUUUAUAGAUCCAGAUUCCUACUAGCCUACGAAAAUAAUGCCCCCCACUCCUCCUCACCAUACUGUUGGUGUCAUCUUCCACACAUUUUUGAUUUGGGAGGUUUUGAGGUCUUUGGUAGAGAAAAGUCAGUAUGCACAGUUCAAACUGGUUGCUAAAAGCUUAUAUAACUGGACUGGUCUUGUAUUCUUUUAGCAAGGGUGUCUCCAUAUCAUAGAUAAGAAGAAACUUUUUAGAGAUUGUCAGUCCUACACUAUUUUUUUUAACCAAGGCAGCUUGGAUCGGGUGUUAAACAGUUGCCAUUUCAAAUUUCAUACCGUCACAAUCGCUAUGCUUUUCUGAAGAUGUGCCCUCAUCCAGGGUGAUUUACAGAAUCUAUAGAGCUUGCAUUGUGACUAAGUACAGGGAUCCAUCAAGGAGAUACAAUAAGUGGACGUGUUCCUUUGGGGGAAGACACCUUAUACUCCAGCAGUGUGGCAUCAAAAUUCACCAAGAUCUGAAAUGCAUGUACUGCAGCCCCCAGAAACGGCUACAGAAGGAACUAUUAGCUUUGCAAAAUGAUCCGCCCCCUGGAAUGACGUUGAAUGAGAAAAGUGUACAGAAUACAAUAACGCAGUGGAUUGUAGAUAUGGAAGGAGCCCCCGGUACACUCUAUGAAGGAGAAAAAUUUCAGCUGCUUUUCAAAUUCAGUAGUCGAUAUCCCUUUGAUUCACCUCAGGUAAUGUUCACUGGCGAAAAUAUACCUGUUCAUCCUCACGUUUACAGCAAUGGACACAUCUGUCUAUCCAUUUUAACAGAAGAUUGGUCUCCAGCUCUCUCAGUACAAUCAGUCUGUCUUAGCAUUAUCAGCAUGCUUUCCAGUUGUAAAGAAAAGAGGCGGCCUCCCGAUAACUCAUUUUAUGUAAGAACGUGUAAUAAGAAUCCAAAGAAAACAAAAUGGUGGUAUCAUGAUGAUACAUGCUAAUGUUCAACUUUAUAAUAUUCCUAGAAGAAAGAAGUCCUACUGAGUACAUAAGCACUUUGAUCAUUCAGUCUUUGAACUUUAACUUGUUGACUGGAACAAUGGACACCAUGCGCUGAAGACUUCCACUGACUGCAUUUCUACAAGUGGGCAGUUGGAUGCAUGUUGAUAGCUGGUUUUAAAAAUAAAAGAAAGGAAUGCACCCAACAUGGAUUCAUUUGGUAUGAUGUAGAUAUGCAGAAAUUAAGGAAAUUUUUGUAGUGACAUUAUUUCCUAUUUUAAAUUUUUUAUGUUCUCUUCCUUUUUUGAAGCUUUUUUCAGGUCCUUAUGUAUUGUGCAAUAACAAGGAUUAAUGCAUGUUGGGGCCUUCAAAGACAGAUUAAACCCAAAUCACAUAUUUCAGCUGUGGGACCUCAGCGUCUUAACCCCAAGGAAAAUGUGCUUCAUCUUUUAUACUUACAUAAUAUGCACUGUGGAAAAAAGACAGUUUAGUGUUACAUUUAACAUCUAGUUCUAGUUAAACUACUCACUACAUUUUCUAUUCAGGUAAUAGGUGUUAUUUUAUUAUAUUCUCGACACAGAUGAAUCGUGAAAAAUAAUACUUCUUAACUGGUUUUAUAGAUAACAAAAUCCAAAUACUGUCCCCUAUUACAAGUGACUCGUUUGACCGUUUUCUAAAGUUAAAAUGCUGACAGGAUAGGAUACCACAGCUAAGAAUGAGGAACUUUGCUUUAUUGUAAACUAAGAUACUUUUGUGUAAUUCUUUACACACUGUUCACUAGAGAUCUGUCGGCCCUACUUUUUCAGAGCAGGUCAGCACCACCCUUCGUUGUUUUGAAUGUGUGAAAAAUUAGUUUGUGUUUCAUUUUUAUUUGUUUAUAUUCUGUUGUAAGAUUGUCGUGCUUUAAUCUUCUUAAAAUGUAUCCGUUUUGAAAAGCUUUUUUUGUAACUUAUUUUUCUUUGCUAGUCAACAUCACUCUGAAUUUUAAUUAUGGAAAAUCAGUUUAGAACAAAUACAUUUUGAAGGAUGCUAAAUGUUUUGAAAAAUAUGUGUGGAUGUCUUAUUUAUCUCACAUGAGCUCCUCUCUGCUAGAGAUUUGAAGGUGGUUAGGGAUGUCUGUGAGCAAUACUAAAAUAUAUGCUCUUUGCCCCCAGGUUAUAAGACUAGAGUGAAUUGACUCAUCUAGUCAUCUUUAUCUGGCUCAGGUACUUUUUCCACUUAAGAACAUUAAACAUACCACUUGCACCAAGAAGACUGUUAACAUUGCUAAAAAUACUUCACAUGUCCAAGGAACCUCUUGUAAAUUUCUCUUUUUGAUGUUAAAUAAUGAAAAACGCCUAAUUCUGCAAUGGAUGCAAGGUAGAAGACAUUUUCUUUAAUGAAAAAAUACAUUUGAAACUGUAAAUAGAUUUUUCUUCUGUUGAUACUCUGGAUUAUUUGAAGUUGUGGAUGAGUACAACAUUUGCAGUCCAUAAUAGAACGUUUUUUUAGGCUGCUUGUGUUAACUAUUGAAAAUACCUUUUGCCAUCUGCACUUUUUGCUAAACUUGGCUUGUAUAGUCAAAUGUGCUGAAAAGGCUAAAACGUUAAUGGCCACAGGAAUAGGUAAAAAUUUUUAGACCUGUGGCACUGCUCUUUCUCAGUAGCAUCAGAGUGGGUAGCACCUGUGUUGGGAUCUUGAAGUUUAACUCCAUAUCUGUGUCAUACUACAGUAGGUGUGCAAAUGCGACCACAACAUGAAUUAACGCUGCUCGUGAAGAAACCACUCCUCACCGCUGCCUCACACCUCUUCCAAAAGGUCUUUGUAAAGGGAACUUGUCAGUGGGCUCUCAUGUGCUUUCAUUUUUGGCCCUUUUGUUGAUGGUGAUUUCCGACCACUGUUAAAAUGAUUUGAUCUACAAUUCUCCUGAAACAAAAUAGGCAUCAAAUCAUUUCAGUUGGUGUAAACUGCGGAGAGAAGGAAUCCCAUAAAAUGGAAAGGAUUUCAAAACAUUUUGGCAGUAAGAGUUUGGCAUUCAAGCUGACCUCCCUAUUGGAUUUUUGUAAAAGAUUUGUCCCAAGCAGGUUUAUAUUUUGCUGCAACCUGCAAAUUAUCAAGCUGUGGUUUCAUGGAAAAAAACAUUUUCCUAAACUACUUGCACUCUACCUGUUCUAUACAUGGGCCCUGCUUCUAGGUGUUUUUAUAAUGCUAAAGUCAAGUUACUUUUGUAAGCAUUGCUGCCCACUGAUACUAUUGAGAAGCAUAAGUACACCAAAGUCAAAAUAGGGUCCUGAAAGAAUGUAAGAAUGAGGGCAAAUUCUAUAAGUGCUGGGAAGAAUGUUCUGAUUUUUUUUUUUUAGAUAAGUUAAAUUGUUUGGAAAGAAAUAACAGGUGUAAGAAGGGGUUGGGGGGGAAUUCAAGGUUUAAAAAGUUCUCAUGUUUUUUUUUGCUGGGAGGGAGGGGAUGUUUUUCUUUAGUUGUUGCAAAAACGCCUGGCUUUUGGUUUUGUUCAAUAAAUUAAGAUGAGGGUAAUGUAAAAUCAAAAACUCUUGUAGUAAUGUAAAGCUACAUGUGAGCUGUGCCUGUCAAUAAUAAAGCACUGCUUCACUGCUCUGUAAAGCAGUGACACCUUACUCUGCUGGCAGGCAUUGUGUGAGCUGACUUUUCUUUGUAGGAUCAAACAGGAUUAUUCUUGGAUGUGGGAAUGAGCAGACAACCAAGCAGGUUAAAGAUGUCCUGCACUCCACUUUAUUUACACCACUUAACAUUUGUAAGGUUUACCGACUUUGUAAAUUCAAUCUGAAUGUAAUUGGUGUGAUCCCUUGCCUGUCUAUUCUUUGUACUACAUUUGAGAUGCUUCCUUUUACUAGAAACUUUCAAAUCAAGGCCAGACAUUGGCAAAGGAGUUUCAUUUAUAUUAAAAUCCACAUUUGGAAA